AUGCUCAUCUGGCGUCGAGCCAUCGAAUUGGCAUCCUCCAGAUAUCGCUCGGAUGAAGCUACACUUUUGUUUCACUACACUACCAAGGGAAAUUUCAAUGCGGUUUGUUCUUCCGCGUAUCUCACUCCAGAGUUAUGGUCGGCCCUGAAAGAUGCCGAUGGAAGUGUGCGCGGGCUGUCGGAAGAGCCAGAUCAGCUCGAAGCAAAGGUCAUGGAGGCCCAGGAAUCCAACAAAACCAGCAACAGCGAAGAAGUGCGCGCCACCAGCAGUGGCCUACCGUCAGACCGCUCCAAGUUUUGCCUGGCUAUAAAGGUGCCCAAAGAGAUGGUUCAGAAGGUUCUGACGAACCCCAACGACUCGCCACACCAGAUUUGGAAGAUCGUUUGCCCCGAAGAGGCGGCGUGGCUCGGCGAAUACCGCGGAGUCCGCGACCGCUAUGCCCGGGAGCGGUGCAUGAAAUUGGCCGCCUCCAAAUCCGAGCAGCGGCUGCUGCGAAUUUUGGAGGACGAGCGCCAGUUUUGCAACGUGGAGAUUGGACACCUUCCAGUCCUGGACUUCGCGCCAUUGGAGGCCAGAAAAGCGGCGCUGGGCACUGAGCAUCCCGAGACGCUCAUCGCGAGCAACGAAUUGGCAGCGUUGAUCGUCGCGCAGGGCCGCUUCGCAGAUGCAGAGCCCUUGUACAGAUCCACCUUGCUGUGUUUGCAGGCGCGUCUAGGUCCUGAGGAUCCGGACACGCUGCGAACGGCCUGCAACCUAGCCGCGUUGCUGGCGGCUCUGGGACACACCACCGAAGCAGAGUCGCUCGGAAGCUGUACAGACGGAGUGCCAAGGGCCUUGAAACCCACCUGGGGUCCAAACAUUUGGACACCUUGCACCACGGCAGAUGUGGAGUGGUAUUGCCAGAGCAAGUUGGCACAGGUCUUGAAGACCCGCGGCUACGCGCAGGAAGCCGAACAGCUUCUCCAGCGCGUGGUGCGAGGCACCAGGGGUCCCCACCGGGGCAUGAAGGAGAAAUUGGGAGCGCAGCAUCCAGAUACCCUCUGCAACUGUGCGGCUUUAGCCUCCGUCAUGGAAGUGCUGGGCCGUGCACAGGAAGCAGAACCCGUGCAGAUCAAGGCCUUGGAGGGGUUCAAGGCGAAGUUGGGAGAAACCCAUCCAGACACGGUGGAAAGUGCCAUGGGUUUGGCCUCCAUCUACAGUGCUCGCGGCAAACACGAGAUGGCCGAGCCCCUGCUUCAGCAGGUGCUCGAGUGGAGAGAACGGAAGUUGGGACAUCUUCACCCGGACACGCUCACCACGCUGGAACGCUCCGCGGAGACCUCCAUGGUUCUGGGGCGCCUGAAGCAGGCGGAGCAGUACCAUUUGAAAAUCAUCCAGUUGCGCCAGUCCUCACUGGGCCCUGACCAUUUGGAGACGCUCCAAGCGAUGUCCAACCUGGCGUACAUGUACAAGAUGCUAGGGCAGCUGGACAAGGCGGAACCUUUGUACCGUCGCGUGCUGACAAGUCACGAGACUCACCUGGGUCCAUCACAUAACGUCACUGCGGCGAGCAUGGCCAACUUGGCGGGGCUGCUGAAGGAAAAGGGCAGGCACGGCGAAGCGGAAGUCCUGUACCGCCGAGCCCUGGAGAGCCGAGAAGCACGGCAUGGGCGACGCUUGGGUGAAGCUGGGUGCGCCCCGAAGGCAGGGCUGCACCACGACACGCUGCAAUCGGUCAACGACUUGGCUGGCCUCUUACGCCUCAAAGGGCAGUUUGAUGAGGCUUUACAUGGUGAGGAUCACGUGGAGAUCUACAGAGCCACGGCAGCCACGGACCAAACCAUCAGAGUGAAAAACAACCACGCCUUGCUCUUGAAGGAUAGGGAUGAUAAAAGUCGCUUUGACCACCAGAAGGCGAAGUUGAAGAAGUUGAAGCUGGGGCAGUCCACUGGGAGGGUUUUCUGGACCGCGGCCGGCCCGGCCGGCCCGGCGCAGGCGGAGCAACUCUACCGCGAAGCGCGGGCUGGAGGCAGCGCCAAGCUGGGUGGGGCGCUGCUAGGCCCGAGCUCGGACGAGGCGCAACAGCUCUUUCUGCAUGUGGUGGCGGGGAGCCGCUUGGCAUCGCUGGGCGCAUUUUGA